CGCGCGGAAUAAAGCCCAAAGUCUAGUGGAUUUGUAUGCCCGCAGAGAACAAUUUAACAACUUCAUCGGAGUUGCGAAUAUGGAUAUACAUUUAGCAUUCGUGCUAAAUUAAGGAUAUUUUGCAUUUCUGAUAUGUGUUAGAAGAUCUGUGAGCUUGAAGUGGACCACAUUGUAAUCGAGAGAGGAAUUACUAUUUUUGACCAACGGUGGCUUGUUUCUCCUGUUAACGGGAGCCGUUGUCUCGUAUCUGAAUCGGUGGGACUACACAACCUGCAACCACAGUAAAGCCUCACCAACACGAAGUCUUCACAGCACCGUGUCUUCGGCUUUGUAGCCGUUAGAUUACCCGGCAUUCAGGUGCAACCACGCCGGGGAAAACUCCGAGCCACGGCCGAUGGUCUCCGGCUAGCGCUUAAGCGGCUUCUCCUUUUUGGAUCGAGGCCUUGUCUGCGGGGCUACAAUGCUCGACAUAAUGUCUGAUCACCAAGAUUCCCUUUUGGCAUGUAAAACAGAACCUCUGCCCCCAGAGAGGAAAAAGAGGACUGUUGAGGACUUCAACAAGUUCUGCAGCUUCGUCCUGGCUUAUGCUGGUUACAUCCCUAGUCCCAAAGAGGAAAGCUCCUGGUCUCCGACCUCCUCCAGCUCUGCACACAGCUCGGGUUUGUCAGCGGACGGAGGCGGUGGAGGCAGCAGCUCCGUGGGUAACGCCUGGGCCGACGGGAGCUCCGACAUCCACACCAUCCAUACGUUUGUACGCAAAGCACGAGCGAACAAGGGCAAGAGCAUUCAUCGUACACACUCUGACAGCACGCUGCUGGAUAAGAUGCGCCUUAAGGACUCCUUGUAUGGGAGCCAGGCCAGCGCGAAGGCCGAACGCAAGAAAGACAAAAAGCUAAAAAAACUGUCUCUGGGCUCUGCCAUGACUGCGCAGGACAGCGGCAGCAGCGAGGGCGAGAAGCGAGCCCGCAUCAAACGCAGCAAAAACUCCUCCAAACCGCCCAAGGCCAAGAAGCUGAAGAGUUCAGCCGCUCAGAGCGAGACGGACUCGGAGGCAAGGGGGAGCGAGGCACGGGUCUCAAGGGACGAGCUGUCGACGCACGGGAGCUCCAGCUCCAGCAUGCAGGGGUUUGGGAAGACGUCACCAGAUGAGUCCAUCAGAGACGCAGAGAUGAGCUCCAGCGAGGGAGAGACGUGGAUCGCAGACGAAGACAUUAUGGUGGAGUCAGGCGAUGACUCGUGGGACCUAAUCACCUGCUACUGCGGGAAGCCUUUCGCCGGCCGGCCUAUGAUCGAGUGCAACCAGUGUGGCAUUUGGGUUCACCUGUCAUGUGCAAAAAUCAAAAAGUCUAACGUUCCCGACAUCUUUUACUGUCAAAAGUGCAGAGACUCACGACGGUCAGGACACAAAAAAGACACUUAAGAGGACAAAGGACCAGGGGGAGUUGUGCUUCCUUCCUGUCUAUUUUGAUUUUCUACAGCCUAAAUUAUCACCUGGAGGGCAACUGUGUGUGUGCAGUUGUAGAGUUUAUUCUGACAAUCGCAACAGAUUUUAUUGACACCCCGAGUCUUUAUGGGAUGAACUGGACAGCAGACAACCAUGAAGGCUGGGAAUCCUCACUAAUCAGUUCCUAUGUUCAUUGGCUACCUGGUUUUUUACAAUGUUGGUGUUGUGCACAAGCUUGUCCUCUUAAUGCAUUCUGAUUUGUAAACAAGUAGCAGUUGGAUAGCCAUUUAGCCCUAAGAUCCAUGCAAAAUUUCCUCUGACUAAAGUCAAGUUUAUAUAUAUAUAGUAUAUAUUAAGAGAUGCUGUUUGUUUAGAUGAUGCUUGAUAGGCAGCUCUUUGGUUUUUAUGUUUAAUUUCAAAGGGAUUCUGUUUCUGUUAGUGGUGAUAACUGAAUGUAAACCCAGAAAGUUCUCACUCCUCUUGGGAAAGAUGAUUCAUUAAAUCAAAUCAGCAUCUGGAAGUUGUGGUUCUUAAACGCUGGAGAAAUCAUCUGGAGAGGCGAUAUUGGGCUGAGGCGUUAUUUAGCCAUAAACAUGUCCAAAACUGGAGGUUUUUGAAUUUAUUUUUUCAUCUGGAGAGGACGAGCGGUAACUCGGAGGUUUUGUUUGUGAACGGCUGAAAAAUAUUUUGUUUUAACAUCAAGUUCUUGUUGAUUUCUGAACUUUUGGGGAAGCUGGAGGCGUGCUCAGAUUGGGACAAGAGAGCAAUGUACAAAAAUAUACAAGCUGAGGCGUUUUCUUCUUACUUUUUUAGUUGUUUCUUUAACCUUUCUUUUUGUUGAUGUGAGAGUCCUGGAAAGUCUCCGUUGGCAGUUGCACUCUUCUGUGUACAUAUCCUGUUCCUUGUACAUAUGAGAAAGUGAAGAGGCUACCCAAGCAAAUUCUAUAUUUUCUGCAGUCUGUUAUUGUUUUCUUUAAUGUAGCUUGAAAAAUAAAAUGCUUUGGGAUCAUAAAA